AUGGACGACCGGGUGGAGUUUGACAUCAAUGAGGCGGUCAAGCUGUUCGACAGCGAUCCUUCAACGAUUCCCACUCCCGAGGCCCCGCAAGCGCUGCAAGACUGCGAAGAUGAGCCAGAAUCGCUGUCGUCGCCCGGAUUGAUCAACAGCGAGCUAAAUCCUGUGGUCGAUGCUGUGGCGGAGAGUCCAGAUGCGAUCACUCGCAGCUCUGUAUUUGACACACUGCAAUUUCUCUUGAAGUGCGUCCCCGUGUAUCCAAAAGAUACAAAAACAUAUGAGACAGAGCCUAACUGUAACUUGUUCCGACUAUCUAGGCACUCAUCGCAAAUACCACCAGCCAUCCUCAGCAAGAUACUCGACCUUAUAUCCUCAGCAUUAUCCACGCAGGCCGACAUCAUACACGCAGACCUCGAGGCCGAAGACCAAGAUGCGAUACCACACCACAAGAACCUACUGGAGAUGUACGGUUUCCUUCUCAGGUGGACCAUCUCCGCCGUGGAGACAAGGGCGCUCGAGAAGUCAGCAUCUGCACCAGUGGCGAGGGGGCGGGGUAAGGCUGCAAAGACGAAGUCCGGCGGCGGCAAGGAGGUCACUUGGGACGCCUCAGCACAACUCGAGACGGCUCUCGACCGGAUGAGCAAGGUACUGAGGCUCAAGCUGGGCCGCAUCUUUGUCACCACAUCAGAGCGGGACACCUUCAUCGGCCUCUUUACUAAGCCAGUAUACCACAUCCUCGAGAAUGAGGCAAGAGUCAAAAACAAUGCGAUACGGAAUCACUGCUUCAGAGUUCUGUGCUUUGCUGUCAAGUCCCACGGACAUGCUUACACUGCCCAGACAUCCAUCAACCAGAGCUUGACAUACUUCGAGCACCUGUCAGAGCCCAUGGCUGAGUUUCUUUUCACGCUUGCCGACGCUUUCGACUACCCGCAACUCACCGAAGACGUCCUCAAGGACAUCAGCAGCAAGGAGUUCAGCUCUACCGAUCUGAAGGGACCGAAAUCCAUCUCGACCUUCCUUACUAAGAUCUCUGAGUUGACCCCGCAUCUUGUCAUUCGCCAGAUGACACUACUUGCAAACCUGCUCGAUAGCGAGUCAUAUACUCUUCGCUGCGCCCUCAUCGAAGUAUGCGGAAAUCUGAUUAUCAUGCUCAGCAAGCUGAGCCAGGACGACCGUAGCGAAAACCAUAAAGCACAGAUCCGCAUCUUCUUUGACGUGCUUGAGGACCGGUUCCUGGAUAUCAACCCCUACUGCCGGGCCCGAGUAAUGCAGGUCUACAUCAGGCUUUGCGAUCUAGAUCAGAAAUAUACCAAGCGCAGGCAAAAGGUUGCUGAGCUUGCUGCACGUAGUCUUGAAGACAAGAGCAGUAAUGUACGUCGUAACGCAGUCAAGCUGCUGGCAAAGCUUAUCUCAACUCACCCGUUCACCACCUUCGAUGGUGGAUUGCUAUCGACCAAGGAUUGGACACGAAGAUUGGAUGAUGUCGACGCUCAGAUCAACGCUCUACAACCCCCAGAAGAGCUACGAGAACGUGCGCCGGGUGACCAGACUGUAGACGAGACUCUACUGCAAGAUGCGACACAGGCCGACAACGGAGAGGAUGAAGGUCCGAAACAUCCUUCCGAGAUGUCCGAAGAAGAGAAGGCUGCUGCAAUCGAAAAGGCUCAGAGGGACGCUGCGACUGCGCAAGAGCUUGAGAAAUUUCAGGCAGUUCGCAAGUACCUUUUGGAAGCGCUCAAGUUUAUCGAAGUCAUCAACGACGCCGCCGAGGUGGUCACUCAACUGCUGUCAUCCAAGAACAAGAGCGAAGUCAUCGAGGCCAUGGAUUUCUUUGUGACCAUCGACGCAUACAAGAUCGCGAAUGCGAAGCUCGGUAUACGGAGAAUGCUACGCCUUAUCUGGACCAAGGGCAAUAGUGACGAAGGCAAGGGUGUUCAGACGCAUUUGCUGGAGUGUUACAAGGGCCUUUUCUUCGACGCGCCUCCUGGAUUUGACGCCAAUGCAGUUGCUAACUACAUUUCGAAAAACAUGAUCAGUCUUACAUUCGGCACAACUCCCGCUGAACUCACGUCUCUCGAGCAGCUUCUCAGUACCAUGAAGAAGCAGGGGUUAGUCAACGAAUUGGUCAUUCAGAAACUUUGGCAGAUAUAUGGAUAUCAGAAGAAAGACAUCUCCAAGAACCAGCGUCGUGGAGCAAUCAUUGUUCUUGGCAUGUUGGCACUCUCAUCUCCAGAUAUCAUCCAACAAGAGAUGGAAGCAUGUCUACGCAUCGGCCUUGGGGAGCUGGGUCGACGGGACUUGGGACUCGCUCGAUACACCUGCAUAGCGUUGCGUCGCAUGAGUCCUCCGCCAGGAAAGCAGGCCUCUAACGAGGCGCCGAUACAGACUGUCAAGCUUCCAAACGACCACGCAGUUCUCGCCAGAUUAGCCGCCAUUACUGAGAUGACGUCAGAUAGCAAUGAGUGGUAUGGGGUUGCAGAACAAGCUAUCGGUGCCAUCUAUGUUCUUUCGAAACACCCUGACGUUCUGUGCUCCGAAAUCAUUCGCAAGGUCACAAAGCGUGUUUUUGGAGGACAGGUCAAAGCUCAGUCGCGACCCACGUCGAGUUCCAGUGCCGCGGAACCAAUGGACGUCGAUGAAGAGAUGCCUGACGCGCCUGCUGUUGACGAACCACAGCCAAAGAAGCAGAACUCCGCACUUGCAUUGUCACAGCUACUUUUCGUUGUCGGACACAUCGCCAUUAAACAAAUCGUCCACUUGGAACUUUGUGAGCUUGAGUUCAAGCGCCGUAAAGCUGAAAAGGACAAGAAGAUAGCACCGACACCUCGAAAAUCCAUGGCUUCAUCAGAGCCAACACCACUCAAGAAGGGUCGGAAGAGGGGGGCAACCAAAGAACCAACACCGGCGCCUGAGGAAGCAGAUGAGCUGGAUCUUAUGGCGGGAACGACUGAGGAUGAUUUCACAGAAGCCAUUGCACACGUUCGUGAACGCGAACUCCUCUAUGGCCCUCAUUCCCUCCUUGCAAACUUUGGACCCCUUGUAGCAGACAUUUGCGCCAACAACACGUCGUAUAAUCAUCCGACACUACAAGCACAAGCUGCAUUGUGCUUGGCAAAGCUCAUGUGUGUGAGCUCAGAGUAUUGUGAGACUAACCUUGGUCUGCUACUCACCAUCCUCGAACGAAGCCAAGAUGCAGUUGUGCGUAGUAACCUAGUUGUUGCACUCGGUGACAUGGCCGUUUGCUUCAACCACCUCAUCGACGAAAAUACCGACUUCCUUUACCGCCGUCUGAACGAUGGCGACCCAAGCGUCAAGCGAACAUGUCUCAUGACUCUCACCUUCUUGAUUUUAGCCGGACAAGUCAAGGUCAAGGGUCAGCUAGGUGAGAUGGCCAAGUGUCUGGAAGAUAGCGACAAGAAGAUUGCGGACAUGGCACGCAUGUUCUUCACUGAGUUGUCAACCAAGGACAACGCUGUGUACAACCAGUUCAUCGAUAUGUUCAGUGUACUUAGUGCGGAUUCAGCGCUGAGCGAGGAUGCACUGAAGAGGAUUGUUAAGUUUCUGGCUGGAUUCAUCGAGAAGGAUAAACACGCCAAGCAGCUAUCUGCGAAGCUCGCCUCCAGGCUGCCAAGGGCAGAGAACGAGAGGCAGUGGAACGAUGUCGCAUAUGCACUGGGCCAGCUUCAGCACAAGGACGAGGAGAUCCAGAAGAUGGUCUCGGAAGGCUUCAAGGUUGUUCAAGCAAAUGCUUGA